CUGGGCCUGGCGCGGGGGGUGGGCACCGGGGCCCGGUCGGACAUGGGCAAGAAGCACAAGAAGCACAAGUCGGACAAACACCUCUACGAAGAAUAUGUAGAGAAGCCCUUGAAGCUGGUCCUCAAAGUGGGAGGGAACGAAGUCACCGAGCUCUCCACGGGCAGCUCGGGACAUGACUCCAGCCUCUUCGAAGACAAAAACGAUCAUGACAAGCACAAGGACAGAAAGCGGAAAAAGAGAAAGAAAGGAGAGAAGCAGGUUCCAGGGGAAGAGAAGGGGAGAAAACGGAGAAGAGUAAAGGAGGAUAAAAAGAAGCGAGAUCGAGACCGUGUGGAGAAUGAGGCAGAAAAAGACCUCCAGUGUCAUGCCCCUGUACAGUUAGAGUUACCUCCUGAGAAGCCUCUCACAAGCUCUUUAGCCAAACAAGAAGAAGUAGAACAAACACCUCUUCAAGAAGCUUUGAAUCAAUUGAUGAGACAGUUGCAGAGGAAAGACCCAAGUGCUUUCUUUUCAUUUCCUGUGACUGACUUUAUUGCUCCCGGCUACUCCAUGAUCAUUAAACACCCAAUGGAUUUUAGCACCAUGAAAGAAAAGAUCAAGAACAAUGACUACCAGUCCAUAGAAGAAUUGAAGGAUAACUUCAAACUAAUGUGUACUAAUGCCAUGAUUUACAACAAACCAGAGACCAUUUAUUAUAAAGCUGCAAAGAAGUUAUUGCACUCUGGGAUGAAAAUUCUUAGCCAGGAAAGAAUUCAGAGCCUAAAGCAGAGCAUAGACUUCAUGGCAGACUUGCAACGAACUCGGAAGCAGAAAGAUAAAACAGACACCUCACAGAGUGGGGAGGACAGCGGCUGCUGGCCAAGGGAGAGAGAAGACUCUGGAGAUGCUGAAGCACAAGCCUUCAAAAGUCCCAAUAAGGAAAAUAAAAAGAAAGACAAAGAUAUGCUUGAAGAUAAAUUUAAAAGCAAUAAUUUAGAAAGAGAGCAGGAGCAGAUUGACCGCAUCGUUAAGGAAUCUGGAGGAAAGCUAACUAGGCGGCUUGUUAAUAGUCAGUGCGAAUUUGAAAGAAGAAAACCGGACGGAACAACAACGUUGGGACUUCUCCAUCCUGUGGAUCCCAUUAUUGGCGAACCAGGCUAUUGCCCUGUAAGACUGGGAAUGACAACUGGAAGACUUCAGUCUGGAGUGAAUACUUUGCAGGGAUUCAAAGAGGAUAAAAGGAACAAAGUAACUCCAGUGUUAUACUUGAAUUAUGGACCCUACAGUUCUUAUGCACCACAUUAUGACUCCACGUUUGCAAAUAUCAGCAAGGAUGAUUCUGAUUUAAUCUAUUCAACCUAUGGGGAAGACUCUGAUCUUCCGAGUGAUUUCAGUAUCCAUGAAUUUUUGGCCACAUGCCAAGAUUAUCCAUAUGUUAUGGCAGACAGUUUAUUGGAUGUUUUAACAAAAGGAGGGCAUUCUAGGACCCUACAAGAGUUGGAAAUGUCAUCACCUGAAGACGAAAGCCAGACUAGGACACUUGACACAGCAAAAGAAAUGGAGAUGUGUCCUUAUGUAGGUAGAGAAAUCAAGUGUUCAGACAAAUUGCUCAGGGAGCUCCAGGAUGCCCAGAACGAGCGUCUGAGCACCAGACCCCCUCCAAAUAUGAUCUGUCUCUUGGGUCCCUCGUACAGAGAAAUGCAUCUCGCUGAACAAGUGACCAAUAAUCUUAAAGAACUUGCACAGCAAGUAACUCCAGGUGACAUUGUAAGCAUGUAUGGAAUUCGAAAAGCAAUGGGGAUUUCCAUUCCUUCCCCCAUCGUAGAAAACAACUUUGUAGAUUUAACAGAAGAUUUUGAAGAACCUAAAAAGACUGAUAUUGCUGAAUGUGGACCUGGUGGGAUUUGAAGCUAACUGGUAUUUGAUUAUAUAUUAUUUACAUAUUUUUUUCAUUCUUAACUUAGAAAUGCUUUUCAGAAGAUAUUAAAUAUUUGUAAAUUGUGUUUUUAAUUAAACUUUGGAACAAUUAAUUUUAAUGUUCCAGAGAUUGGACUUCUUUAUUAGGUAAUAAAGCUGAACGGGGGACUCUGAGUGUUAUGCAUAUCAACUAAGUUACCCCUGGACCUUUCCCUGGGGCUGAAUCUGAGGAUGAAGAGAUAGAGAGCAAGCUCAGAAAAUAAAACAGCAUUUUCUUUGAUUGUUCAUUAAAAGAAGCAAAUCCCCCAAAUAAUUUAAAUCCCUCAUUUUUAGUACUCCCCAUUAAAGAAACUAUAACGGAAUAAUUCCUCUUAUCAGAUCUCAUCUUGAUGAUUUAUUCAAAAAGUGCUCAUGUUUAUCCCUGUGUCUCCCAGACAGAAUCAUAAUUAAACUUUUUAAAAAUAG